AUGACAACCUCUGCGCUCCGACGCCAGGUGAAGAACAUUGUUCACAACUACUCGGAGGCCGAGAUCAAGGUGCGCGAGGCCACCAGCAAUGACCCCUGGGGCCCACCCAGUUCCCUCAUGUCCGAGAUCGCUGACUUGACCUUCAACACAGUGGCCUUUGCUGAGGUCAUGGGCAUGUUGUGGCGGCGACUCAAUGACAGCGGGAAGAACUGGCGACAUGUAUACAAGGCUCUGACACUGUUGGACUACUUACUCAAGACGGGCUCGGAGCGUGUGGCCCACCAGUGCCGUGAGAACCUCUACACCAUCCAGACGCUCAAGGACUUCCAGUACAUUGACCGCGAUGGCAAGGACCAAGGCGUCAAUGUCCGUGAGAAGGUCAAACAGGUGAUGGCCCUGCUCAGGGACGAGGAGCGUCUGCGGCAAGAGCGAACCCACGCCCUCAAGACCAAAGAGAGGAUGGCCCUGGAGGGCAUGAGCAUUGGCAGUGGGCAGCUGGGCUUCAGCCGGAGAUCUCGGGGAUCCCCCUCCUCCUACACCUCUGCAUCCUCGUCCCCGCGCUAUGCCUCAGACCUGGAGCAGGCCCGGCCCCAGACAUCCGGAGAAGAAGAACUGCAGCUGCAGCUGGCCCUGGCCAUGAGCCGUGAAGAGGCUGAAAAGCCAGUCCCCCCAGCCUCCCACAGGGAUGAGGACCUCCAGCUGCAGCUGGCUCUGAGCCUGAGCCGGCAGGAGCACGAGAAGGGGGCGAGGUCCUGGAAGGAUGAUGACUCUCCCGUGGCCAACGGCGGCACAGAACCCGCUGGCCGACGUCGACGGGACAGAGAGCCUGGGAGAGAAGAGAGAAAGGAGGAGGAGAAGUUGAAAACGAGCCAGUCCUCCAUCCUGGACUUGGCUGACGUCUUCGCACCUGUCCCAGCCCUGCCUUCCACACACUGCUCUGCUGACCCAUGGGACAUCCCAGGUCUCAGGCCGAACACUGAGCCGAGUGGCUCUUCCUGGGGCCCUUCUGCAGACCCCUGGUCUCCAGUUCCCUCUGGAAACGCCUUGUCCCGAAGCCAGCCUUGGGAUCUGCUUCCUACCCUUUCCUCUUCUGAGCCCUGGGGCAGGACCCCAGUGCUGCCCGCCGGACCCCCCAUCUCAGACCCCUGGGCACCAAGCUCCCCCAACCACACACUCCCCAGCACUGGAACAGACCCCUGGGGGGGCUCUGUGGAGACCUCUGACACCUCUGCUCUAGGUGGUGCCUCAUCCUUCGAUCCAUUUGCCAAACCUCUAGAAUCCACAGAGCCCAAGGACAGCCAGGCCCUGGCCACGGGGAAGUCCAGCAGCCCUGUGGAGCUAGACCCAUUUGGAGACGCAAGCCCCAGCUGCAAGCAAAAUGGCAUGAAGGAGUCUGAAGCCCUUGACCUGGGUGUGCUGGGGGAGGCGCUGCAGCCAGGAAAGGAGGCGCGCCCCUGCCGGACUCCGGAGUCCUUCCUGGGCCCCUCUGCCUCUUCUUUGGUCAACUUGGACUCACUAGUCAAGGCACCCCUGGCUGCAAGGACCCGGAACCCCUUCCUGACAGGUCUGGGUGCUCCGUCCCCCACUAACCCGUUUGGCUCGGGCGAGCAAGGCAGGCCGACCCUGAACCAGAUGCGCACCGGCUCGCCCGCGCUGGGCCUGCCGCCGGGGGGACCCGUCGGGGCGCCCUUGGGCUCCAUGACCUACAGCGCCUCCCUGCCCCUCCCGCUCAGUAGCGUGCCGGUCGGAGCGACCCUCCCUGCCUCCGUCAGCGUCUUCCCGCAAGCCGGAGCCUUCGCCCCGCCGCCCGCGAGCCUGCCUCAGCCGCUGCUGCCCACGUCCGGCCCGGCGGGGCCGCUGCCCCCGCAGGCUGGCACCAACCCCUUCCUCUGAGACGCUUCGGCGCCUGCGCGCGAGGCCCCGCCUCCUCGAGGGCGGUCGUGCAGGUUGAGCGUUGAUCCCGGCCUCUGUGGACCCCUGACCGAUGCUGAACGAGCUAGGGACUGACCACAUCUAGGGGACGAAGACUACAGCCGCCUAAUAAAGACUGGAAUCUACGUCUUCAGCUCUUA